UCAACCUAUCUCCUUAAUUUUAAUUAAAUAUACAUCUCUUAUCCUAAUCUAAAUUAUUCCUAAGGUCUAAUAUCUAGUUUAAGGUGUCAGCUAAAUCUUUGAAAUUCAGUUUAUAUAUACUGCUUGUGUGAGACGGAGACCUCCUAAACUGCAGAAAUUGGGGGCAUUUAUAUCCGCAAACACAACCUAACUUUCUAGUUAACAGUGAAAAUUUCCAUACAAUCACAUCACCUCAUCUUUCUCGCCAUCUUUACUAUUUUUAGUAUUUUAGCUAGUAACUAUAUAGUAUCUUUUAGAAGUUCAACAAAGCCACACUCUCACUAUAUCAACUUAAGUGGCAGGUAGCUUAAGGCUCUGAACACAAGAAAACUUCAGAUUCUGAGCUGCAGAGAGAGAUAUGGAGGUCGCAAUGUCCUUACCAAUAGAGCUACUAAAGCAGAGGAAUGAUCAUGGAAUGUGCUUUUCUAGUGAUCUGAGCUGCAGUCUGAAUGCAAGAGACAGGAAAAUUGUUUGUGUCACCAGUGGAAACUCCUACCUUGGUUCUCACUUGAUCAAGAAGCUUUUGGCAUAUGGUUACCUUGUUCGGGUUACCAUUCAAAAUCAAGCUAAUCUUGAGGACAUGAAGGAGCUGAUGAGAGAAGAAAUGGAGCAAUUGGAAAGUGUUGUGGUGGCAAGAAUGGGUGAUUUAGACAGCCUCUGUAGUGCUUUUAGAGGUUGCCAUGCUAUAUUCCACACAUCAUCUUUUAUUGAUCCACAUGGGAUCUCUGGAUACACGGAACGGACGGCAUUUCUUGAAACAGAAGCAGCAAAGAAUGUCAUAGAAGCUUGUGGCAGGGCAGCAUAUAUAAAAAGAUGCAUUUUCACCUCCUCUCUACUUGCAUGCAUCUGGAAAGGCAAUGACCUGCCAAACCUUAUAGAUGAGAGUUUUUGGAGCGAUGAGACAUUCUGCAGAGAAAACAAGCUUUGGCUAGCAUUGGCCAAGACCAGGGCAGAGAAAACUGCUUGGAAUAAAGCAAGGGAGAUGAAGGUGAAACUUGUUAGUUUAUGUCCCGGACUUCUCAUGGCACCAUCUUUCCCAAAUGCUCACCUUGAAACUUCUAUUCCAUACCUCAAAGGUGGUCAUUUCAUGCUACGGCAAGGACUUUUAGCAACUGAAGAUGUUAGUAAAGUGGCAGAAGCACAUAUUUAUGUCUAUGAAGAUAUGGACUAUGGAGCCUGUGGAAGAUAUAUUUGCUUUGGAAAAAUAAUUGGAACAAUGCAAAAAGCCAUACAACUUGAAAAUGGCUUGAAUAUGCAUGGUCAGUUAUCUGGGGAUGAAAACCUUCUUUCAGUAGAAGUGGAUAACGAUGAAAUUCCUCCCAGAAUAACUAAGUCAAAGCUCAGUAGAUUACUAUUCCGUUCGUCUCAACGCCGUUCUUGCAAACAGUGAUUAGAAAACCGUUACUGUAAUUUAUAUCUGUCACUUUGCAACGGUUUUAUGCGAGUAGCUUGCUCAAUUUUGAAUAUAAAUUGAGUUUAUGUAUUUUCGUUUGCUCUCUGUUUGUAAAAAAAGAAGAAGGCAUAAUUACUUGUGAAAUAAUUCUGUGUUCUCAUUUUGAAGAUGUACAAAGUAUGUAAUUAUUUCCUCCAAAUAAUUUGAAGUCGAUCUACAGAAAAUAUAUUA